AUAUCUGCUUAGAAGAAGUGCACUGGAAUUGUUUAUGGUUGACCGGUCAAAUUUCUUCUUUGAUUUUGGGAGUACUGCAGGUAGAAGAAAUGCAUACCGCGCUAUUGUUCAAGCACGUCCUCCUCAUUUGAACAAUAUUUACCUGGCAACUCAGAGACCUGAACAACUUCUGAAGAGAACUCAACUCAUGGAACGUUGGGCUAGGUGGGAGAUCAGCAAUUUUGAGUAUCUAAUGCAGCUUAAUACACUGGCUGGGCGUAGUUAUAAUGACAUCACUCAGUAUCCUGUUUUCCCAUGGAUUCUUUCUGAUUACAAUUCAAAGACCUUGGAUCUUGCGAAUCCUUCUUCCUAUCGUGAUCUUUCAAAGCCCAUUGGUGCACUGAAUGCAGAUCGGCUAAAGAAAUUCCAAGAGAGAUACUCGAGCUUUGAUGAUCCAGUCAUCCCCAAAUUCCACUAUGGUUCACAUUAUUCAACAGCUGGAACAGUGUUGUAUUAUCUCGUUAGAGUGGAGCCGUUUACUACUCUUUCAAUUCAGCUCCAAGGUGGCAAAUUUGAUCAUGCAGACAGAAUGUUUUCAGAUAUUGCUGCAACCUGGGAUGGAGUUCUUGAGGACAUGAGUGAUGUAAAGGAAUUGGUUCCUGAACUAUUUUAUCUUCCUGAGGUGUUGAGCAAUGAAAACUCAAUUGACUUUGGCACAACGCAACUAGGAGAAAAGCUUGAUUUAGUCCAGCUUCCUCCUUGGGCUGAAAACCCAGUUGAUUUUAUCCAUAAGCAUCGGAUGGCCCUUGAAAGUGAGCAUGUUUCAGAACAUUUGCAUGAAUGGAUUGAUCUCAUAUUCGGGUAUAAGCAACGAGGAAGGGAAGCUAUAUCAGCAAAUAAUGUCUUCUUUUACAUCACUUAUGAAGGAACUGUGGACAUUGACAAAAUUUUGGAUCCCGUACAACAACGUGCUACACAAGAUCAGAUUGCUUACUUUGGACAAACCCCAUCUCAACUUCUAACCAUCCCUCACAUGAAAAAGAUGCCCCUAGCAGAUGUUCUUCACUUGCAGUGUGUUUUGCUGUGUACCUUCCUUUCUGUAAAGAAACUGGCUUAA